GGCGAGAGGAGAGCGACGAGACGGCAAGAUGCAGAUCUUCGUGAAGACGCUGACCGGGAAGACCAUUACGCUGGAGGUGGAGUCCUCGGACACCAUCGACAACGUCAAGGCCAAGAUCCAGGACAAGGAAGGUAUCCCGCCGGACCAGCAGCGCCUCAUCUUCGCCGGGAAGCAGCUCGAGGAUGGCCGCACUUUGGCGGACUACAACAUCCAAAAGGAGUCGACGCUUCACCUGGUGCUGCGCCUCCGUGGCGGCAGCCGAGGUCAAUACCCCAAGAAUCUCGAGCCCAACCUCCGCAUCCUUGCUCAAAAGUACAAUGAGAACAAACUAGUCUGCCGCAGGUGCUAUGCACGCCUACCCCUUAGGGCGACCAACUGCCGCAAGAAGAAGUGUGGCCAUAACAAUCAGAUAAGGGAAAAGAAGAGGUUUAUGUCCAAGUUUGGGAGCGAUUCUUGA